AUGGUAUCUCUCUCUCUUCAGGCGACAAAACCCUACUCCAUCUCCGUUGAAGCUGCCGCCUCCGCCGCGGUUUCGUCGCCAUCUGUUCUAGAUUCUUCUCACGCUAAUGUUAAGUGUGAAGAGGAACUCCAUGAUACUAGUGCUGUCUCCUCUGAAAAAAUGCCUCUAGAGCCAGAUCCCCGCUGGCCGUAUCUAAAGAAGUGGUCGGUGACUGCCUCUCCUUCUCCUCAACUUCCCCGGUCCGUUCCUCCUCUUCUAAAAUCAAAAACUCUUGAACCGGAAGAGGAUGUACCGCAGCCAUUAAUGAACUCCUCUUGUUCUCCGGAAUCGGGAGAGGAAAUCAUCACUUCCUCUAAAGAGAUGGUCUCCUUGAUACAUAACCAUUCGCAGAUGACGGUUCAAGACCCUAAGAAUGCUCGGGAGGGCAAGGGGCCAUCUCAAUCAAGCUUCUCGGACGACUCCCAGUGGCCUUGUUUGUCUAAGCAGGGGGAUAGAAAGCUUCCAACACCUUCUGGCACUUUUGUUUCUGUGAGACAGUAUGAGCCUAGUCCUUUUAUCAAGGCUGCUUCCCAAGAAUAUCCAUGGGCAGCAAAGAUGAAAUCAGUCUGCAAUCUCAAUAGGGUUACUUUCCCUGAAUACUUGGAGGAUGGAACCCCUAAGGUAACUGUUUCAAGUCAUGUACUUCUUCAAGGAAUUCAGAAUCAAAAAGAAUAUGUGGUUGGUCAGUUCUAUUGUUGCUCUGCGCCUGCUGGAGGAGAAUCAUCAUACUUGUUUCAUAUUCCGGAUGAUGGUACUCGCAAGUUUGUUAUCCAAAGGGGGAUAUGGCAUGUUGAUGACUGCUUGAUGUUUGUUUCUGCUUGGUCUCCGGCUGAAACAAUUAUUUUACCAGAAAUCAAGACUAUCCCAGUUUGGUUGUCUCUCAAGAAUAUACCAAAUCAACUCUACUCUUUUGAAGGAAUCAAAUGGAUCGCUUCAGGUAUUGGUGAGCCGAUGCUUACGUACAAACCUUGGCUUGAUCCUACUUUAAUGGGAGAAGCAAAAAUUUUGGUUGAGGUCAAGUUAGAUAGGCCUUUUGCUCAGAGAGUAGCUAUUGAGGAUGAGAGUGGAUCUGUCUCAAUGGUUGAUGUUGUGUACUCUUGGCUGCCUUCGAAGUGUGCAAGAUGUGGUCAACUGGGCCAUAAAGCGUCACGAUGUUUGGGACAGCCGCUUGAUCCAACUAGGAGCACCAAGACAUCAUCUCCAGUAUCAAGAGAUGUUGAAUCAAGUGUUACUUUAGCAAAUGAAGCAAAUAAUAUGGUCAGGGACAAAGAGGACAGAGAUGCUACUGUAACUGUCUCACACCCUCCAACUCCAAGUGUGGAAGCUACUUCUGAUCCAAUCCUGACUCUAGUAGCUACCAUAAACAAGCCUAUUGAUAAGAUCACCAUUAUUGAGAAUGAAUCAAAGAUGGAAGCAAAGCAAGAUACCACAUUCUCACUAAAAGGAAAGGUUGAACAGAGCUCUCCAAAUACUAACUCUGAACACUUGUCUACACACUCAAUCACAGGUAAUACUACAAGCAACUCUCACACACCUUUGGUUUCUUCAAAAGAAACUCCAUUUUCUUCCAAUCAUGUCUCUACCAAUUCUGCUCCAGCGGAUUGUUCAAUCCGCAUUAGCUUAUCAAGCUCUAAAUUACUCACCAAUCGAUUUAGCUCUUUAAUUUCAUCUGACGAGUUGGACCCAAAGGAAUAUUUGUCUCCUCAAGGUAAAGUUUUUCUUCGGGAAAGACCUGUUAAACCCUCUACAAAGGCUAAAGAGAUGCAGUUGCAUUCCGUAGCUCGUGGACGUGGUAACCGCAACCGUGGUAAUCGUGGUCGUAAUAGAGGUGGUCGUGGCUAA